AUGUCUUCAUCUCAAAGUUACCCACAAAGAUUUAAAGCUAGAUUUACUUCGGAUGAACCUGCGUUAUGCGGUGAUAGUCUUCAGGGUACAAGUGGUAAAAUGACUGCUACUGAUUUACAGCGCUCUUACGUCUGCAAGUGGACGUAUAAUUUUGCGGAAAGCUACAAAUUUAGCAAUUACUCUGAUUACAAUACUAUGUUUAUAAGUAUUACUAACACAUUUUCACGGGAAUCGAAAUGUUAUUAUUCCCAUUCAAGGUUCACCAUUGAUGUUCCAAUUGAAAAUACAGGUCAAAAAUUCACUCGAGCUCCAUGUGGAGGAUUUGUUCAUCUCUCACAAGAACCCAAAAAUAUUUUGAAUAUACCAAAAUCAUUUAAUAAUACUUUAGAUUGUGGAUGGAUAGUAAUCGCUCCUCCUGGAGUUAGAAUAGAAACAAGUAUUGAGGGAAUCUUUAACCACGAUUGUUCAGAUGAAUUUUUAACUGUUCAUCAUGGUUUGACACAAUCAAUGUCUGUUUUAGAGUAUUGCAAAAAUAAAAUACCCGCAAAAUCUAUCGUUACAUCUUUCAUGAAUACAUUCAUCCAGUAUCAUUCUAAAGCUCAACAAUCUACUAAUUUAAAACUGGUUAUGAAAGUUGCUAGCAGCCAGUGUGGCGGCUAUUUAAAUGGGUAUGAAAGAAUAUUUUCCUCACCUAACUACCCAAAUCAUUAUGAUGAAAAUACAGAAUGUACUUGGGUAAUACAAGCAUCUAUAGGUUACAGAGUUUCACUUUCAUUUUUUCAACGAUUUGUUGUAGAAGAUACCGUUAAUUGCACUAAAGAUGCAGUUAUUAUAUAUGACUGGGUAAAUGGAUCAUACCAGGAAUUGGCUAAACUGUGCGGGCGAGAAAUUCCAUCUGUAUUAAAUUCAACUUCAACUCGGAUGAAAGUCGUUUUUCGUACUGAUUCUAAUAUUAAUCUAGAUGGUUUUACAGCAGAGUGGACUGAAAUUUGUGGCGGUGUAUUCACAGCUACGGAUAUAGAUCAAUUUAUUUACAGCCCUGGAUACGGCAGCGGUUAUGAUCCGUUACUUGAUUGUUCAUAUGAAAUUCUUGCUCCGACAAACAACAAGUUAAUCGUGCAGUUUCAAGACUUUGCCCUUGAAGGUAUCUACCCAGAAUGUAAAUAUGACAAUCUCACCAUAACUGGUGAGCGUGAAUACAACUUUCUAUUAAAGAUAUUUUGUGGUAAACAUAUCCCACCAAUUUUAGAGAACUAUGAGAAAGUCAUGAUAAAUUUCAAAACAGAUAGUAUUGGUCAAGAUAAAGGCUUUAAACUGUCAUACUCGUUGUAUAAGUGUGGUGGAAAAAUCACUGAGCCUACAAUGAUUAGAACAGGAUCCGCUGAAGAAUAUUUUAACGGCCUUAAUUGUACUUGGAUAAUUGAGGCCCCUUCAGAUAAAGUUAUCAUAGUUAACUUUGCAUAUAUUGACAUAGAACCACAUUAUUCCUGUUCCAAUGAUUAUAUUGCUGUUUUUGAUGGAUCGCAAAUAGAAAAUGAUCACCGAUUAGCUUUGUUAUGCGGAAAAAUUAAUUCUUCUACUGUAAUAAAGAGUAAUAGUAGUAGGGCAAUUGUACAAUUUGUGUCUGAUGACUUUUUGAACUACAAAGGCUUUCAGGCCCAAAUUAGUUUCAGCUAUGGCGAAGCCGUUGGAUGUGGAGGUGUUAUCAGUUUAUUAUCUGUUACUCAAUACUCUUUAAAAUCCCCACGGAUAGGUAAUUCAUUUGUAUACGAAAACUACUUAGAUUGCCAUUGGUUUGUGAAUGCCCCAGAAGAUCAUGUUGUUAAAGUUGAAUUUACAGCUUUUCAUGUAUCACCAUGCGCCAAUGUGAAUCAAACAGCGAUAGGUAUUAGAAAAUGCAGCUGUGACUUCGUUGAGAUACGGGAUGGGCUCAAUCCAGAUAGUCUUUUGAUUGACAAGUUUUGUGGUCACACUUUGCCACCUGCGAUAGUAUCAUCGACUAAUGUUUUAAGUAUCAGAUUGUCAACUGAUGGUGAAAUAGUGAGUUCUGGCUUUGAAAUAAGUUUAAGCUUACAAUCUUCCAGAUGUUUUCCAACUGAAAUAACGGUCGAUUUUAAUGUUCAAAAAAUACACUCGCCUGGGUUUGGACGCGGUGAUAUCCCGCGGGGUUUACAUUGUAAAUAUAUUUUGAAGGGCACUUCGUCAGUUAUUCCUACACAUUUACGAGUUAACUAUCUUGACCUAGAACCAGCCGAGUCGUCAUCAACUCACAAAGGUGUAGAGUUGGAGGUAUCGUACAUUGGCCAAUGUGGAAGAAAUUAUACAGAGUCUUAUGGGCUACUACAAAAUAGCUAUAUCCAAGAUUACAACGUAAAUUUAUUAAGUUGUUCUAAUUUGAUAACGGCUCCUGAAAACUACACAAUAUCAAUAUAUAUAAUUGAAAUGUACCCUAGUUACUUCCAUGGUGAGGCAUAUUUUGAAAUAUUGGACGGUGAUAAAUUGUCAUCUCCAAGUUUGUAUAAAGUUCAAUCAUCCUAUAUUAUGCAAUCAGUUACUUCGACAGGAAGGUAUUUGCUGUUGCACAAUGUCAUGAAAGGUACUGAGCAAAUAAUGUAUAAUAUAAAUUAUGUUACCACAGAUAAAGGGCGGGGAUGUGGGGGUAGACUGAUAAAUGAGUUCGGUAGAAUAACGAGUCCCAUGUAUCCAGAAGUUUAUAGGAAGAGGUCGACUUGUGAAUGGGAGCUUGAGACGCCGAUUGGCAUUCAGCUCCGUCUGCACUUUAGUGAAUUUGAUUUAGGUCUACUUUGCGAUCAGAAUUAUGUUAGUUUGGUUGAUAGGAAUGGCAACAUCGUUUCAUCAUAUUGUUCUGAAACGCCAGCUGACUAUACUAGCGAAGAUAAUUAUGUUAAAGUUGUUUAUACUACUACAAUGAGCAAUGGUGGGACUGGUUGGAUAGCAGAUAUUGUAGGUAUUGUUGAUUUGUAA